ACGCACGCGUAAACAACACGCGUGGACAAUCUUAGUUUGUUUCGAACCCUGACAAUGGGAAAAAAUCAAAAGAACCGACGUGAAUAGUUUCAUUUAGCGGUUCGAUUCGACCGGUUCCAAAACUACAAUAAUUCAUUCCUAAUCACAAGACAGAGAAACACAAAACACCAUCAUCGCCACCAUUAUCCAAAUCCAUUCUCUUUCUUUUUCACCCAAUUCCUUUUCCUUUUCUUUAUUAUUACUCCUUAAUCAAUCAAUUAAUCAAUAUUAUACUUUUCUUAACCUAACCCUGAUUUUUUUUUUACCAAUUAAUUAAACACAAUUACUCUUUUAAUUCCUCCUUAUCUUAGAUAGAUCUACCAACAAUUUCUUCAUUUCCUUUUCUUAUUCUUCCGUUACACUUUCUUUUCUAAUUCUAAUCAUAAUCAUCAAUUCCAGUUAUUAUUACAACAACAUUUAAUAUUUCCCAUUUUGAAUUAAGGCUUGUGAUUACUCUACUUAACUUAGGGUUCCCAAUUUUUAUUGAUUUUUCCUUAUUUGAAUUUCAAUUUGAAUGGAACCUCGUGUUGGGAAUAAGUUUCGUUUGGGUAGGAAGAUCGGUAGCGGCUCAUUUGGGGAGAUCUACUUAGGUACUAAUAUUCAAACUAACGAAGAGGUUGCAAUUAAGCUUGAAAAUGUCAAGACUAAGCAUCCUCAGUUGCUAUACGAGUCCAAGUUGUACAGAAUUCUCCAGGGAGGAACUGGAAUUCCAAAUGUUAGAUGGUUUGGAGUGGAGGGAGACUACAAUGUUUUAGUGAUGGAUCUGCUUGGACCUAGUCUUGAAGAUCUAUUUAACUUUUGUAGUAGAAAGUUAUCACUCAAGACAGUUCUUAUGCUUGCUGAUCAGAUGAUCAACCGUGUUGAGUUCAUUCAUUCAAAAUCAAUGCUACAUCGAGAUAUCAAGCCAGAUAAUUUUCUAAUGGGAUUAGGAAGGCGUGCGAACCAGGUUUAUGCUAUUGAUUUCGGUUUGGCUAAGAAAUACAGAGAUAGUUCAACCCAUCAACACAUUCCUUACAGGGAAAAUAAAAAUUUAACCGGCACCGCAAGAUAUGCUAGCAUGAAUACUCACCUUGGCAUUGAACAAAGUCGAAGAGAUGAUUUAGAGUCUCUUGGUUAUGUUUUGAUGUACUUCCUGAGAGGAAGUCUUCCCUGGCAGGGACUUAAAGCAGGAACUAAGAAACAGAAGUAUGAUAGAAUCAGUGAAAAAAAGGUCAAUACAUCGAUUGAAGCUUUAUGUCGGGGUUAUCCAACAGAAUUUGCAUCAUACUUCCAUUACUGCCGCUCAUUAAGGUUUGAUGAUAAGCCAGAUUACGCUUAUCUCAAAAGGAUAUUUCGCGACCUGUUUAUUCGUGAAGGAUUCCAGUUUGAUUACGUGUUUGACUGGACCAUCUUGAAGUAUCAGCAAUCACAGCUUGCAACACCUCCAACACGGGCCAUUGUACCUGGUGCUGGAACCAGUUCUGCAAUGCCACCUGCUGAUAGACACGCAGGAGCAGAAGAAGGGCAACCCCCCGGUUUGGUUUCGGGGGAUUCCUCGAGGCGUAGAAUGUCAGGACCCAUUUUGAAUACUCUAUCAAGUUCCAAUGCCUUGGGUCAGUCAAGUGGAUCUAGGCGAGUUGCUGUUUCUAGUAGUCGUGAUGCAUUUACUGGUGCUGAGUCAGAUAUUCGUACACGCACUGCUGAGGCUAGCCCUGGGGCAGCACACAGAAUUUUGGGUGGGCAAAGGAGUUCACCAAUUGGAUCUUCUGAUCCCCAAAGACUAUCACGGGCUGGGAGAAAUGCUUCUCAAGCCAAUAAUUAUGAAAGUGCCCUUAGGGGCAUGGAGGGUUUGCAGUUAGAGAAUGAUGAGAGGACCCAUUAUUAAUAUCUCACUUUCUCAUCUAGUGACUAUGAGUUUAUAGCCACCACAAAAGCAAAAGUUGCCUUAUGUUGUGAAGUUGAGCUGUGAGUAAAUUUAGAUCUGAACAUGAUAAUUCAGGUUUGUAUUGUUAGCUCGACCCCUCAAAGGAGGGGUCGUGCUUUGCUGUAAAGUUCAGAUUUAAUUGGCACUUCACUUCUGGCCGGAACACCAAAGUUUUUAACAUAUUUUCCUGUGAGUUAUUGUAUUGAGUUACCAGAUGUUUACGGGGUCAAGUGGACCACAAAUGUCAAAAUUAUCAAAUGUAAUUAGCCAUUGAUAUUGUACUCUUGUUGGAUAAGAUUCCUCCAGUUUCCACGAUGCAAGUUUCUGGAAAUUAUUCUGGAAUUAGGAACUUGGAAUGUUUUACCUUGUGUGGUUCCUAUCAAGCUGAAAUCAUAUUACUACC